CUCCCGGCUGUCACCGCGAUGAGGAGGCGACGCCGUCGCCGCCGCCGACGGGCCGCUCUGCGGUUCGCCCCUCGGGGGCUGUGAGGAGAGGCCGGGCCCUCCCGCAACUCCCGACCCCUGGACGGUGCCAACAUGGAGUGCUAGCGGCUGAAACGAGGGCCCUGCCUUCCACAAUGCCCGUGCAGGCCGCCCAGUGGACGGAGUUCCUGUCCUGCCCCAUCUGUUACAAUGAGUUCGACGAGAACAUACACAAGCCCAUCAGCCUCGGCUGCUCCCACACCGUCUGCCAAAGCUGCCUGAGUAAGCUGCACCGCAAGGCCUGCCCUUUCGACCAGACCGCCAUCCACACCGACAUCGAUGUGCUGCCUGUCAACUUUGCGCUGCUCCAGUUAGUGGGAGCCCAGGUGCCCGAUCGCCAGGCUCUCAAGCUGAGUAACCUUGGAGAAGACAAGCACUACGAGGUGGCAAAGAAAUGCGUGGAAGAUCUGGCUCUUUAUUUAAAGCCACUGAGCGGAAGUAAGGGUGUGGCUAGCUUAAAUCAGAGCACGCUGAGCCGGCCGAUGCAACGGAAGCUGGUGACGCUGGUGAACUGCCAGCUGGUGGAAGAAGAAGGCCGGAUCCGGGCCAUGCGGGCAGCUCGCUCCCUCGGGGAAAGGACCGUCACCGAGCUGAUCUUGGCACACCAGAACCCUCAGCAACUCUCGGCCAAUCUCUGGGCCGCUGUCCGGGCCAGGGGGUGCCAGUUCCUCGGGCCGGCUAUGCAGGAGGAAGCCUUGAAACUGGUCCUGUUGGCCCUGGAGGACGGCUCGGCCCUCUCCCGCAAAGUCCUGGUGCUGUUUGUGGUCCAGCGCCUGGAGCCCAGGUUCCCCCAGGCGUCGAAAACCAGCAUCGGCCACGUGGUGCAGCUGCUGUAUCGGGCCUCCUGCUUCAAGGUCACCAAGAGAGACGAGGACUCCUCCCUGAUGCAGCUGAAGGAGGAAUUCCGCAGCUAUGAGGCCUUGAGGAGGGAGCACGACGCGCAGAUCGUCCACAUCGCCUUGGAGGCCGGUCUCCGGAUCUCUCCCGAGCAGUGGUCCUCCCUCCUCUACGGCGACCUGGUCCAUAAAUCCCACAUGCAGUCCAUCAUCGAUAAGCUCCAGUCUCCGGAGUCCUUUGCGAAAAGUGUGCAGGAAUUAACCAUCGUCCUGCAGCGAACGGGGGACCCCGCCAACCUGAAUCGGCUGCGUCCCCAUUUGGAAUUCUUGGCUAACAUAGAUCCCAACCCAGAUGCAGCCCUCCAACCUGGGAGCAGCUGGAAAAUGCCACCGUGGCCGUUAAGACAGUUGUGCGUGGCCUUGUGGAUUUCAUCCAGAACCACAGCAGAAAGGGCCCCGAGAUUCCACAGCCGCAGCCGAACAGCAAGUAUAAAACCAGUUUGUGCCGUGACCUCAGGCAGCAGGGCGGGUGUCCACGCGGAAACAACUGCACUUUCGCUCACUCACAGGAGGAGCUGGAGAAGUAUCGGCUAAGAAAACAAGAAAAUCGGUGCCGCACCAGCCAGACCUUUCCCUCUGCUUGGGAAAGCCAGCAUCACAGCGCCAUGCCCC